AUUGGAGCUUUCUGUUAAUUGUCACAUUUAAAUUUUUAAUAUAUUUAUAAUUUUAAGACCUAACUUUGCUUUUCCUAAAAGAUGGUUACAUUUGAUUUGGGUCAAAAACCGAAAACCCUGCUGAUUUGGGCCUACGUAAUAGGAUGCUUCGAUUUAAUUGCCGCCUCGCUCUUCACUGUCAUGGGUCUCAGGAUGAUAAAAGAACGUCUAAGUUGGUUGACCAUUUCUGCCAUACUCUUCGGCGGUUUCUGGAUAUCGAUGAUAAUGAUGCUGCUCAUUGGCGUUCGUGGGCGCAGGCCCAUGUAUGUUCGUAACUGGAUCAUCUUCUCCUGUAUGGGCAUCCUGACGGAGAGUUGCUUCUUUUUGUACGGGAUUUUGAGUGAAUGCUGCUUCCAAGAGGGUCUGAUCAGGAAUGGUAUUUUGCUGAUCGUGGCACUGUUUGUUGAGUUCAUAUUCCUAUACAUUGUCCACCGAUUUUAUUUAACGUUGUCCCAUUGCAAGCCCUGUCACAAGCCCAGAGCAAGGGAGCCGGAAAAUGAGUGUGAGCUAAACCAAAAGGAGGGUGUCGUUUCCACCCAGGCCCAUCCUACAGUUCCCAGUUUUCCUUAUCAAUAUUCUAUGGGAAAUAUACACGAUGCUACAUUAGCUAAUCCCAUGAAACUGAGCCAGCUUCGAGUCGUUGACACACAUUCUGCGCCAUAACUUGCAACUAGUUAUUUAUUUUAUUA